AAAUUUCCGUUUGUGUCGCUCUAUAGCCGCUAGGGGGUUGGAAAUGUCACAGCAAAUGACGACCAUGACUGACCUGAACAACAUAGACCAGCUCAUCCUGCGCAUUAUCGACACUCGUCGUCUCAAGCAGCUAAACUUGACCGAAACGGACAUCCGGCUGUUGUGCACCAGGUCACGCGAAGUCUUUAUGACGCAGCCCAUGCUGCUCGAACUCUCUGCUCCUGUGAAGAUCUGCGGGGAUAUUCAUGGUCAGUUUACGGACCUUUUGCGUUUGUUCGAUUAUGGGGGAUACCCGCCGGCCUCGAAUUACCUAUUUCUCGGAGACUAUGUGGAUCGCGGAAAGCAAUCGAUUGAAACCUUGUGCCUGCUGCUGGCCUAUAAAAUAAAAUACCCGGAGAACUUUUUUCUGCUUCGCGGAAAUCACGAGUCGGCAGGAAUUAACAGGAUAUAUGGAUUCUACGAUGAGUGCAAGCGGCGAUACACGAUAAAGCUUUGGCGUACUUUCGUGGACUGCUACAGUUGCAUGCCGGUAUCUGCGAUCGUUGAUGAGAAAAUCUUCUGCUGUCACGGAGGUCUCAGUCCUGAUCUGCUAAAUAUGAAUCAGAUUGGCCAGUUGGCGCGGCCAUGUGACGUCCCGGAUAAAGGUUUACUGUGCGAUUUACUUUGGUCCGAUCCGGAUCCCAAGAUAAUGGGCUGGAGCGAUAAUGAUCGAGGAGUCAGCGUGACCUUUGGGGCGGAUAUAGUGGGCAAGUUUGUGCACCGGCAUAAAUUCGACCUCAUCUGUCGCGCCCAUCAGGUUGUGGAAGAUGGCUACGAGUUCUUUGCUAAGCGCCAACUAAUCACCAUAUUCUCCGCGCCGAACUACUGCGGCGAAUUCGACAAUGCAGGCGCCAUGAUGUCGGUGGAUGAGACGCUGAUGUGCUCGUUCUACGUUCUCAAGCCCUCGAAAAAGCCUGGCUUGCGAAAGAUCCACUCCAAGAGCUGA